AGACAUGGCUGCAAUGUGGAAGUACCAUACAAAUUGCCUGUCUUGGCAGCGUUUUCAAGGCAGACACCCAGAACUCUUGAAGUUGGCAAAUUGCAUUGCCUGGCGAAUCUCUGAAUUGGGAAUAGCCAGGCAUACCAUGAUACAGGUCCCAUUUCCUCUUGUGAAAUUCUUCGAGCAACCGAUUGGGACAGGUCUAUUGUUUUUAUUUUUACCUAAGGUCAUGCGGAAGGUCGUUGUUGUAUCAUAGUUGGUGUCGGAAUUUGGAUUCGCAUCCCUAUCAAACAGCUCACCGCAACAUGAUCUCAGUCGUUGAUUCCAAACAUAUUUGUCAAGUGAAAAAAACAAGACGAGAUUGAUUGGAUGUUUUGCAAAGGGAUUCUCUAUAAAGGAGUUAGAGAAAUUACCUUUCAUAGCUUUUCUCUUCUGAAUAUUGAUAGGUCAGUGUGCCCGUGUUUUCAAAGAACUUUGGGCGGGGAACAGGUUUUGGUUGGCCUACACCAUAAUAAGUUCCGGGGCUGUAUUAAUUGUGGUAGAAUGCAAGUAUAGUAUUAUAAUAGAUAACAUGGAUACUAGGGAGCCGGCUACACUCAUUAUUGGGUGUUGGUGUACGGUACAAAGAGGGGAGUUCCUCGCUUCUCGAACGAGGGGAACUCACUUUUAGGGGCGAAAUUCGUGAUCAAUCCUAACUCUAGCUUGUUCAGGGAAUAAGCAGCCGGUAAUAUGCGGCCAGGCGUCAGCUAUCGUACGGCAAAAUUGGUCGACGGGCCUUCGUGCCGGAUGAGAGAGAUCAGUGGCGAGAGAGUGUGUGACUUGUGUGGCGCUCUUUCCCGCGGCUCCGGCUCGCUUCUAGCUGUGAUCUCAGCUGUGCUCUGUGGACUCUCCUUCACGCCUGAUUUCGUUACCACAGUUACCAACGCUACAUCACCGGUAUAACACAAACAAACCUCUCUUCUACGGUAUCCUUGCCCAGCUGUGCGAGUUUCAGAAAAUCCCCGGCCCCACCGCUGCCUUGACCCUGCCAGUACGGUACGGUAGCCAUAUUCCAGAUUAGGUCCUGGUCCUCUUAUCUAUCCCCUUAUCUUGUCAGCAUUCAGAUCUAAUCUAAGAUUCAUCUCCCAUAUUUCCCUGCCAUCAAUACCCAAACCAAACACCCCACCACCCUCACCUAGAGCUAUCGCCCUUCCUCUUUCCACCUCUACAUAACGAUACUGAUACCCUAAUUAGCAACCAUAUCCCUCAAACAGCUUCUACCGCCUUUUGUCUCAUUCCCAGCCGCUCCUACCGCGCCUCCGUCAAGUUCCCCCCUCCCUGAAGGGUCAUCGCCAUCGUUGUCGUGUUCCGCUUCUGCAUCCGACAAACUCUCACCCCCGAAUAAUCCAACCCCUUUGGGCACUACAUCAUCACUUUCCACUACAAGUAUGAGCGUUGGCGAGAAGGGUGGAGGAGCCACAAUGGCUACCGGUGGAGGUCCGGAUGAGUGGCUGGAGAUGGCCAAGAAAUGUAAAUACCUGAGCGAAGGUGAUAUGAAGAGACUUUGCGAGCUUGUGAAGGAAUGCUUGAUGGAGGGUUUGUAAUAUCCUUACCCUCCCUUUUUCCUGCUACUCUCACCCUCCCCUCCUUCUGAACCUUCGCCGUCUAUGACGAUGUCAUGUAAGUAGUUUUUCAAGGAAUAAAGGGCAAAAACUGAGUUAAGACUUCCUCUUGGUGCGCGAGCAGAAUCAAACAUACAACCGGUAUCUACGCCCGUCACCGUUUGUGGUGACAUUCACGGCCAAUUCUAUGACCUGAUGGAGUUAUUUCAAGUCGGCGGAGGUCUCCCGGAUAAGGUGAACUAUGUCUUCCUUGGCGAUUUUGUCGAUAGAGGUUACUUUUCCCUGGAGACAUUCACAUUGUUGAUGUGCUUGAAAGCCAAGUUUGUUACACUUUUCCCCCUUUUUUCCAAAAAAAAAAGAAAGAAAAACAUACAUUCCGGAUACCAGGUCUCGUCCGACAAGCGGCAGCCACUGAUCACUAUUCACCACCAGGUAUCCAGAUCGAAUAACCCUAGUCCGCGGAAACCAUGAGUCUCGGCAGAUAACUCAAGUUUACGGGUUUUACGAAGAAUGCCAGACAAAGUACGGGAAUGCCUCUGUAUGGAAAUCUUGCUGCCAAGUUUUUGACUUCCUCGCCCUUGCCGCUAUUAUCGAUGGUAGCGUUCUUUGUGUGCACGGGGGCCUGAGCCCCGAAAUUCGAACCUUGGACCAAAUUAGGGUUGUGGCAAGAGCGCAGGAGAUUCCACAUGAGGGUGCCUUUUGCGAUCUGGUUUGGAGUGAUCCGGAAGGUAUGUUUGGUUGGCCCAAUGAAGGAGGAUUGACUGAUCGUGGCUAAACAGACGUGGAGACCUGGGCGGUAUCACCCAGAGGCGCUGGAUGGCUAUUUGGAGAUAAAGUAGCAACGGAGGUAGAUAUAGCCACCUCUGAUCCCUCCUGCUAGCUAACGCUUCUAGUUUAAUCACGUCAACGGCCUUACCUUAAUAGCCAGGGCUCAUCAACUUGUGAACGAAGGAUACAAGGCAAGAGCCACCCUAGAAGAUCCCCUCGCCCCCACGAGCUAACCCUCUCUUCCAGUACCACUUCAAAAACAAAGACGUUGUAACAGUAUGGUCAGCGCCAAACUACUGCUACCGUUGCGGCAAUGUAGCAAGCAUCAUGAAACUGGAACCAGAUCUAAACCCCAACUUCACCAUAUUCAGUGCGGUCCCCGAUGACCAAAGAGUCGUGCCGGCCGGGAGAGGUGGACGUGGCGAAUACUUUCUGUAACGAAUUAUAGCACUGGGAUCUAACGAAACGGACAUAGAUGCGAAACGGAAGGGGAGGCUUGGGCAGGCGGUACGCUGGGCUUGGAGGAUCAAUAUGGAGGGAGUAUUGCAUAAUGUGCUUUUUUCGGCAAGCUUGUUUUUACUUCUGGUUACUUUUCUUCCUUCCUCAUCACAUAUGUCACAAAUUUGGCGGGUGGGAUUGGGGAGCGGUUGAAGGUGUGGAAGGACGAAUGGACAAAUGAGGUUCUAAAAAAAAAAAGGGGGGGGGGGUUGCAGAAUAUCGUUGCUAUCACACUUUGGAUGGCUUGAAUUCGGAUCUCGCCUUUUUCUACUUUUUUCUGUCG